UGCCCAUGACGCCGGAGCGAAGUUCUGACAGCUGAUUCUCCAGUCAGUUUAAAUCCAUUCUGAGCCUCCAAACCCUCUGUUUUUGAAGUGAUUCGCAGUCGUACGUGCCUGCUACAGUCUCCGGUUGGAGUUGCAGACGACGCCUUGAACAGAGGAGGGCAGGUUGAUUAUGGUGUAGCACGGAGCGCUAGCUCUUAAGACAGCAGGGUUUUGAGCAGCAGUGCAGUGCAGCGUGGGGCAGAGCGAGGCAGAUCACAGCGGCGUAGCCAUGCUAACCUUGGCCAGUAAGCUGAAGAGGGACGAUGGAGGAAAGACGGGCCGUGCCUCUGGAGCCUCCGACUCCACCCACAGGGUCUCCAUCAGGGACCGCCUCCUUACCAAAGAAGUUGCAGAACUUGAAGCCAAUCUCCCUAGUACAUGCAAAGCCAGUUUCCCAGAUGAGGACAAGCUGCAUCAUUUUCAGCUGGCAGUGUCUCCUGAUGAGGGUUACUACCAAAGUGGAAGGUUUCAGUUUGAAAUAGACGUUCCCGAAGCCUAUAACAUGGUGCCUCCUAAAGUGAGAUGUUUGACUAGAAUAUGGCAUCCUAACAUCACAGAGAAUGGAGAGAUCUGUUUGAGCUUAUUGCGUGAACACUCUAUUGACGGCACAGGCUGGGCCCCCACCAGAACAUUAAAGGACGUGGUCUGGGGAUUGAACUCCUUGUUUACUGACCUGUUGAACUUUGAUGACCCGCUGAACAUCGAUGCUGCAGAACAUCAUCUGAGGGACAAGGAGGAUUUCCGGAAUAAGGUUCAAGAUUACAUCAAGCACUAUGCCAGAUGAUAGAAGCACUUACAUCAGCCUGCACCAAUCAACCAAACUGCUCUACCUUGCCUCUGCUUAUCAUGGCCGACUCCCCGAUGUGUGUGUGACUCAACAGCUGACUCUUUGACUCUUACCACUCCUCUCCUCUUGACACCACAGCCCUGCCUAUGCUCUUCUCUGUUCACCCGAUUGCAAUAAACUUCAUUUGCAGGAACGAAAUGAAAAAAAAUAAAUAAAUAAAAAAUUGUACGUUUAAGAAAGGACUUGCAUACAAAAGAAAAAUAUGCUUUAAUUAUCCUAAACAGUUGAGUGUUACAAUGACCACAAUGUCUGUUCAUUGUGGCAACAUCACUAAAUGCCGGCGCCUCGCUGAGGUGUCCCUGAGCCAGUCGGAAACGAGCCAUGGUAACUAAUGGCAAGGGAUCUGAUGUGAUGAUUCAUCGCCAUAAAAAAAAAAAGUCACAUUUAGCUGUUUUGAAAUUUGAUGAAUCAAGAGAAAGAAUAUCUGUUACUAUCAAUUCUCUGUUCCAGUGCCUGCCAUGUUUGUGUUGCUAAAGAGAAAAUGCAUGUGAGUUUACAAACACACACACACACACAAACACGCAAAAACACACUGUCACGUCCUGUGGUAAGAGGUGAACACAUGUACACACAUUUCUGUACACAUGCCAGUUACACACACACACACACACAGACACUCAAACUGGAACACCCCCAGCCCCACUAGACAGCAUGUGAAUGACCACAUUGUCGUGUUUCAUUAUUCUCCUUGCAUGUGUACACAUACACACACACACACACACACACAUGCACACAGAGACCUUGUGUGUUUUCAGCCCUAGUGGGAUAAAGUACUACUACUAAAACCACAGCCAAAUGUAUUGUACUGUUUUCAGCUUCACAUGGUCUCUGCACCCCUUCUGUCCUCACUUUACUGUUUUUGUCUUUCCUCCAUCUGUCUCUCUGUUUCACACAAACACAACUACGCAUACCUUUUCCCAUUUGAGAAUACAGAGGUUUAUUCAACCUUACAGUGCAGUGAUACAUUUUUGGUAUGAUAGCUCUGUACUUAAGCAUAUUGGGUUUAAAAUGAAACAAUGACUGUGAGUUUAAAGUACUGAUUUAGAUUUUCUAUAACAAAUGGACAGUGUGGGACUUAUAGCUCUUUUUGUACAUAGUCCACCAGGUUUAAUGGACAAAAUGUAAUUUAACAUGUAAACAAGCAGGUACAACAACUAUUUUUUCUAAUAUCAAAGGAUGAAAUGACAAUGUGAAAACAGUAUGACAGUGUGAAAGGGGUCGGAUGUACGAUGUAUGAUUCGGGUGCUUGUACCUCCAGUCUGGUCUUCAAGUGAAGUAAGCACUCAGUUGGAUUGAUGUGAGGGGACUGACCACGAACGUUUGACUGUUUUGCAUAAUUUAAUAAUAUAAAUUCAAUUUUUUGGUCGUUAUGUUCAGGAUCAUUGUCCUAAAAUUUGGUUUAUUUAACUAUAAAAGAACCAGUGAGUCCUACACUGUUCAGUAAAUAUGGACGUGAACACCACUAUAACUGGAAGUCAGUGCUUUAACCUCAUAGUCAUUAUUUCAUUGUACACAAUAACAAGAAUUUCACUGUCCCAAGACUUUAUGACUGCACUGUACAUUGCCUCUUAUUCUGUGUUUGGGAGCUAAGAUAUAGGGUAUGUCUUUUAGAAAGAUAAUACCUCUCUGUGUGUGUGUGUAUAGAGUGUAUGUUUCCACUGUCUGGAUGUGGUUGGAAAAGUCAUCAGCAUAACUUCAGAAAGACAGACAGCAAGCAAACUAACUAGCGACCAAGCUAUUUACCUAAGAAACUGGCGAGUGAGCUUACUAGCUAUCUAACGAGUGAGUGGUUUUCACUCAGUGCAAGUGAGGUUAGCUGACAGUUGGUUAAGAUAAGCCACGGUCACAAAGCUAUUUUUCAUGACAUCCUGUGGAUUAGCUUGCUCGUGACAAUGCUUGUUGGCUCACUCCUUAGCUUGUUAGCUUGAUAGAAAACUUGUAAAGGCACAGCUGUGAGAGUUCGAUGAGGUUUACUGCGUCGUGGGGUGGCUCUGGGGCUUCUUAGCCAACGAGAUAAUGUCAAACUGUCUAUAUAAACGUCUUUCGUUGGGGAUUUUGGCCAUACGGUGCAUGUUCAUGUUCAUUGUGUGUCUGUGUGUGUGUGUGUGUGUGUGUGUGUUUGUGAGUCAGAGAGGGAGAAAGACUGUGCCACCCAGUUAGCCAGUGAGGGUGUGGUAUGUGCGUGCGUGUGCACGUGCGUGUGCGUGCGUGUGUGUGUGUGUGUGUGUGUGUGUGUUCUGCUUGGCCCUGGCUAGCGUUGUGCCUCCAGUUUGAGUCGCAUCUCCUAUUAUCGACUGUUGUCACUCCAUUCAGCUUUGUCGUCACACGUCUGCAUGAGGCAAAGUCUAUGUAAUCUGCCAGGGGUGGAUUUUACUAAGGAUGUCAGAAAUGUAGUUGUUGAGAAUUGAACUUUUAUGUUGGAGGUGUGUGUAAAGAUUGAAAUUUUGUGUUUGUGGAGUGCGUGUGUGAGAGUGUGUGUGUGUGUGUGAGUGUAUGUGUCAGUAUGACGUGUUGAAACGACGUGACUUGUUAGCAUGCUCUGGUUUCCUCUCGCCCCUCUUUUCUUUUUGUUAUUCUGGCCCAGCGUUCAACAGCUCUAAUGUUGUUGUUUUCCUCGUGAAAGUUAACAAAACAACAGACACUGUCAAAAUAAAGGACCUGAGAAAAUGAAAGGUCUGUUGAAAGCAGAUGUGAAUGUGGGCAUUCCAUGGCGUUUUCCUGCAUGGUGAAGGCUAAUGCUACUGCCUAUUAAUAUGAAGCCAUCCUGUGUAGCUGCAAUGACAGUUUAUUGCCUCCAGGAUAUGGUAGCUCAACACUCUGUACUUUAUCUUAGCCUUACUAAUACUCUGACGUUAGCUUCCCGUUGGACACCUUGUCGUUUGUCCUUUAGUUUGGCAGUCAGCAGUGUUUUUAUUUUCCCAGGAUGUUACUUGGGAAUGUCUCUGCUUGGGCUAACUCCAUCUUUGGGCCAGGGGAGAAGAACGACCUGUUCUUCUUCAAAUCCUCAACCUUUUCUUUCUCAGAUUGUAUAUCCAUUUUUUAAGAUAUAUUAAAGAGAAUAUAAAUAAAACAUGUCUUGUUUUA